AUGGUAAAUAAACUGCGUCGUUCAUGCGAUGCAUGCUUUAAGCGCAAGAUUCGGUGUGAUGCGUCACAAAGCGGUGGCUUGUGCGACUGGUGUGAUAAUCACGGUCUCAUCUGCUCGUUUAGUAAGCGGGUUCCAAGAGCCAAACCCGGCCGCAAGCCCGAAGGAUUGGCAAAAUCUCCUGAAACUCAUGCAAAGCAGUCGACGACUGCAUCUCCCAUAUCAAAAAUAUCCACUGUGGAAUCUCUGGUCCAAGCACAGCCGGCCCGCCCAAGACCCCCGACUCCAUGGUGCAACACAUGUCGAGUUCCAUCCAAGGCCCAGACACCCCGUGGACUAUCAAGAAACAGUUCCCUAGGCCAAAUACUGUAUUCAGGAAUUAACUUUGGUAUUAUCUGCCCUCAGACUGGCUUCCCACAGUUCACGCAGCAUUGUGAGGAAUGGGUUCAUUCACGUACAGGCCAAUGGCCCUGGUUCGAGUACAACUCGGAAUUUAUCCGUACAUCUUCCUCUAGCUCGCUUUCGUCACCUGCAACGGUGCAGCUUCCUGAGCGUUGGGUGGUACAGCUAUUAUUUGAAGAAUUCUCUAAUUCAGACUUGAUUCUCGUGUUUCCUGUGGUGGAUAUUGUACUGUUCAAGGACACUAUAGCCUUGGCGUACUCCACGAACCACCAUGCCCAAACAAACCAGCUCGUCGCCAAGGCAUGUGUGUAUGCUUUCCUCGCUAUAGCCGGCAACCACUGUCCAUCGAGCAAGGCAAUUGCAUUUAUCGACUGUGAUGCUUGCGCAAAAGUAGCCCAGUCUCUCCUAUUGAAGUGCACCAAAGUUGUGGAUAUCAUUAUCCUGCAAACAAUUUUAAUGCUGUUUCUUUUCGAGGGUUCAUCCGGCGUUGACUCGGCACUAUUAAUGUACCACGCGCUUGCCUGCCGUACUGUGCUCGCUUUAGGCGGUCAUGUGGUUCCCUUCCCGGUGAAAAGUAACAGAAAAUUCACCCAUGAAGAGCGAGAAGAUCGCCAGCUCCGCAUGCUCUUUUGGCUUUGCUAUUACUUCGAUAAAAACAUCUGUUUCCGGACUGGUCAACCCCCCAUGAUUGAUGACAACUUUUGUGACUUGACACUGCCUGAGGAAUACCUAUCCAGCAUCUUCAAAGGUCGCAACCGAGACCCAAACGAUGACUCCCAGAUGCCUUAUCUUCCUGGUGACUUGCGACUUUGUCUGCUCAAGUCCAAGGUGCUGCACAGGCUAUACUCUAAAGGAUCUUUGCAGAAGUCUGAUGCGGAGCUUCUCAGAACUAUUCGCGAACUGGAUAAUGAGCUCGAGAGCUGGCGACAAUCGAUUCCGGCAGAGUUUGCCCCAGCACUCUCGGUUCGCAAAGAUGUCAAGAUAGCGGACCAUCUCACGUUGGCUAAGAGCAUGCUGCAUAUCGAACUUCACUUGGAGUAUCACCAUACCUUGCACGUUAUUCACUGCGCCAGCGGCCGCUACACACCAGUUGUUAGGAAUGAGUACCAAAUCAGUUCAGGCGUCCAGUCUAGUUUGGAUAUUUCAGUAGAGGCGAGUCGAUCAACGAUAGUAUAUCUCAAUGCUGCUGCGAGUAGACUUGCUGCUGAGGCAUUCUGGUCAUUCGUUUUCUACCCAAUGUCCGCUCUUUUGACUCUUUUCUUCAAUAUCCUGCGCAACCCUGAAAAUGAAUAUUCUAAACACGAUAUAGAAUUACUCAUUACGUCAUCGAAGAUCAUACAUGACAUGCCCAAAAACAAGAUCACAUCAUUUACGAUCGCAUAUUUGAAGCAGGCAGAUGCCUUGGUGGCAGAAUUAGUUCGGUUAGCGCAGGCCGCGAUUACAAAGUCGCGACAGGAACCACGCCAUGUGCGACAAUAA